UUGAAGUGGUGAACCUUCCCAGCUCGGGAGUUCCGUGGAGAUGGCAGCAGAGGGAGAUGCUGGACCUUGAGCCUCAAAGAUGACAAUCACGCGCCGUCGCUUCGUUACAUUCACUCGCCUCUUUUCAUCCUCCUCUGCCGCUAGAAAAGUUCCUCUUCUCUUUAACUGUAACACAGACCCAAAUACCCAAACCGACGCUACAACAACUCUCCAGGUUCUCUCAUGGGGUAGGGGCGCUUCUGGCCAACUCGGAGGUGGCACUGAAGAAAUCAGAUUGUAUCCUUCCCCUGUAGCCAACCUCCUUGUGCCCAAAACCUCAUUCAUUCUCUCCCAAACCCCUGGCAAAAUUUCCAGAAAAGUCCCCGACGGUGAAGACAUUGGCCCUAGUGGAGAAAAGACCAUUGAAGUUGGUAUUUCUUGUGGGCUUUUUCAUUCCUCGUUGAUUGUCGAUGGGACUCUUUGGAUUUGGGGCAAAGGCGAUGGUGGACGGCUGGGUUUGGGGCACGAGAAUCCGAUGUUCGUUCCUACGUUAAACCCUCACAUUGAUUCUCUUCGAUGCGUUGCUUUUGGAGGACUACAUUCGGUUGCACUCACCUCGUCCGGUGAGGUCUUUACAUGGGGUUAUGGUGGGUUUGGAGCACUUGGACAUUCAGUAUAUCAUAGAGAACUAUUCCCUAGAUUGGUAAAAGGCUCCUGGGAGGGAACUAUACAGCAUAUUGCUACCAGUGGUACGCAUACUGCUGCAGUCACAGGAUCAGGGGAGCUUUAUAUUUGGGGUCGAGAUGAAGGGGAUGGUCGAUUGGGACUUGGUCCUGGCAGAGGCCCAGAUCAUGCAGGUGGACUUAGUAUCCCUUCCAAAGUAAAAGAAUUGCCUUUCCCCAUUGCUGCUGUUUCCUGUGGGGGAUUUUUCACAAUGGCGUUGACAGAGGAUGGACAAGUGUGGAACUGGGGAGCCAAUUCUAACUAUGAACUUGGAAGAGGUGAUAAGAUUGGAGGUUGGAAACCAAAAUCUUUACCCAGCCUUGAAAAUAUUAAAAUACUUCAGAUAGCAAGUGGUGGAUAUCACUCCCUUGCAUUGACUGAUGAUGGCAAAGUGCUUUCGUGGGGCCAUGGUGGACAAGGUCAGUUAGGUAAUGGAUCUCUCCAGAAUCAGAGGAUACCAACAGUUAUUGAGGCUUUAGCUCAUGAGCAUGUUGUCUAUAUUUCUUGUGGGGGAUCUUCAUCAGCGGCUGUGACAGAUGAAGGUAAGUUGUACAUGUGGGGAAAUGCCAAUGACUCUCAGCUGGGAGUUCCUGGGCUGCCUGACGUACAGCCAUCCCCUGUUGAAGUCAACUUCCUAACGGAGGAUGAUGGAUUGGGACCUCACAAGGUUUUGUCAGUGUCAAUCGGUGCAUCACAUGCCAUGUGUUUGGCCUUGAAGGAAAAUCCUUGAUACGAUAUAUCCUGACCAAAAGUUUCUCCUCUAUCAAUGAAGUUCAGUAGACUAAAUAUUGUGGAUCUUGAACAAGACGAAAUAGUUUGAAUUCGGAGAAUGCAGUUCAUAGUGGGGAACACUGUUAUAUUUGGAAACAGUUAGCUGGAAUGUUUGAUGGAUUUAUAUCUCAUCAUCCCAGUUUUUCUUGCUAGCACUGUCUACUUCAAUUUUCAGCUUUGAUGUAGCAGACGAGCUUGUAGAUUUGUACUGAUAGUGAUGGCAAUAAAUUCAACGGCUGGAUGCAUUGAAAUUCCAUGCGAAUAAAUUCAGCGCAAGGUAGCAUCAAUGCGAAUCAAUGUUCCAAUUUAGUGAUGAGUGUUUUUGCAACA